AUGUCUAUUCGCGUCCUACUUCGCGAAUACCCCCACCGCUCGAUUGCUCUUGCAACGCCGACUAGCGCACUGAUAUUCAGACAUAGCCCGUCAACAAACGAUGCUAUUUCAAAUGGCUCACUCACCUCGGCACACUCAGUACAGCCAAGGACUUCUAUAGACAGCACGGCCACCGCUAGAUGCAUGGUGGAGUUUGUAGACAUAUCUACUGCCGACCUCAGCGAUUAUCGAACCUUAAGCCCGCUUCCAGUCCACGGCACGCUCGGCUUGAUAACUAUCGACAAUCAUAUCUUUAUAUGUGUCAUAGAGUCUUGCCAACGUGUGGCUACUGUGCGGCCUGGGGAGACGGUCGAGAGGAUAGGCGCUGUGCAAUUCUACUGCCUGAACAGUUCGGACUAUGAUAAUAUCUUUAGUGAUAACUUGGAUCCAUAUUCGACAGAGGGGCAGGACUAUGGAGGGCAGAACCUAAGUCGCAGGGAGCCGCUCUUGGAGCAUCCAUGUUCUGAGCUACGGAAAUUGCUGGGCAAUGGGAGCUUUUACUACAGUACCGAUUUUGAUCUGACGAAUAGACUACAGGAUCGUUCCACUGAUGCCUCAACAGCCGAUAUAGUUGACCUCGACGAAUCUUUCCUUUGGAACUCCUACAUGAUCGGUCCUCUUGUCAAGUUUCGGUCUCGCCUUGUUGCACACGAAAGAAAGGCACUGGACAAUUCGCGGAUCCUAACUUCUGCAAUCCGAGGAUUUGUCCUUACCAUCACCAUACCAUUUGCUUCGGCACCUCUCCGAACUACGAGAACGGGUCUCCCCUCAUCUCUUACACUCAUAUCACGAUUAUCAUGCCGCCGAGCGGGAACGCGGUUCAACAGUAGGGGAAUAGAUGAUGAUGGAAAUGUGGCAAAUUUCGUCGAGUCGGAGACUAUAUAUUGGAGCCCGUCUGUAGUUGGACAAUCAGACCCCGCUACAAAUGAAAGGCCGUCGGGAAUAUGCUUUUCAUAUGUGCAGAUUCGAGGUUCUGUGCCAGUUUUCUGGGAACAGGCUGCUGGUUUGAUUCCUGGGCAGCAGAAGAUAAGCAUCACUCGAUCCGCCGAAGGCACCCAGCCAGCUUUUGACAAGCACUUUGGUGAAUUAGAGCAAAAUUACGGCUCAGUGCAUGUGGUAAACCUGUUGAGCGAGGUGAAGCCUGGCGAGGCUGAGUUGACAAAUCUGUAUAGGUAUGGAGUCAGGCAUUCUGUUCUCAACCACCCAGGGGAAAAAGGUUCGAAAGACCAUGACCUUCUGAGAGAGACAGAAUUCGACUUCCAUGCCGAGACAAAAGGGCCAAAUGGUUACGAAGCAGCUAGCAUGAUUCGGAGACUAAUUGAAAACUCGGCAGAUGGCUUUGCAUACUAUCUGUCUGAGGAAAUGGAAGAUCCUGUUGAGGAAACCAUCCAGGAGAAGCCUCGUCACAGGACAGUUGUUGUACUGCAGCAGGAGGGCGUCUUCCGGACAAACUGCCUUGAUUGUUUGGAUAGAACAAAUCUGAUCCAGACUAUCAUUUCUCAAAUGGCGGUUGAAUCCUUUCUGGGUCAUCGAGGAGAACGUGCAGCUUCAGACUUCUGGAUGCGACAUUCUAGCUUAUGGGCUGAUAAUGGUGAUGCUUUAUCGCGAAUCUACGCAGGGACAGGUGCCCUCAAAUCGUCUUUCACCAGACAUGGCAAAAUGUCACUAGCAGGAGCCAUUGCAGAUGCACGGAAGAGCGCCACUCGGUUAUACAUCAACAAUUUUGCCGAUAAAGGGCGUCAAAACACUAUUGAUGUUCUGCUGGGUAGACUGGUUGGGCAACCUCCGGUGCAUCUGUUUGAUCCUAUAAAUGAUUAUGUGACUGCUGAGCUUGCAAAACGAAGUGCGGAGUAUCAAUCCUCUGAAAGCAUAAAUAUCUGGGCUGGAACCUUCAACCUAAAUGGCCGCACCACAGGCGUUGAUGAGGACUUGUCUUCUUGGCUUUGUCCCGAGCUUCAAUCUUCUCAGCAGCAACCUGAGAUUGUGGCUGUUGGCUUUCAAGAAAUUGUGGAGCUUAGUCCGCAGCAGAUUAUGAAUAGCGACCCUACGCGGAAGCAAGAAUGGGAAAGAGCUGUCAGGAAGACAUUGAACCGCCAUGCCCGUGCUGUUGGGAGCGAGCAUUACGUACUUUUGAGGAGCGGGCAGCUUGUUGGAGCUGCACUCUGUAUCUUCGUCAAAGCUUCAGUACUACGAAAAAUCAAGAACGUUGAGGGUAGUGUCAAGAAAACAGGAAUGUCUGGCAUGGCAGGCAAUAAGGGUGCUGUUGCCAUCAGGAUGGAUUACGCAAACACUCAGAUCUGUUUUGUCACUGCACAUCUGGCGGCAGGUUUUGCAAACUACGAAGAGCGGAACAGGGAUUACAGUACGAUCCACCAUGGUCUUAGAUUUCAAAGAAACCGGGGCAUUGGUGACCACGAUACUGUGAUAUUUAUGGGAGACUUCAACUAUCGCAUUGGACUUGGCUCGGAGAAAGUCAAGCAAUUGAUUAAAAAUGGGGAUCUUGAGAGUCUAUACGAAAAUGACCAAUUGAACUUACAAAUGGUUGCUGGCCUGACAUUUCCCUACUACUCUGAAUCAAGGAUCACCUUCAACCCUACAUACAAGUACGAUCUCGGAAAUGACAAAUACGACACAUCCGAAAAGGCUCGAAUACCUGCUUGGACAGAUCGUAUCCUUCGAAAGGGUACAAAUUUGCGCCAAAUUGAUUACAAUUCGGCGCCUCUUCGAUUCUCAGAUCAUCGCCCAGUAUAUGCAACUUUUCAAUGCACAGUCAGCAUAGUCAACGAAGAUAUCCGAGAAUCUCUCAGUCGAGAAAUCUACGAGAAACGACGUUCGGAAGUUGGUAGCACCACGGCCAAUACUCAUGGCGAUGAUACAGAUGACGAAGACCUUAUUGGUUACGAGCCUAUUGAACCUGGUCUACCACCUGCGAGCUCGGAUCAGAGAAAAUGGUGGCUGGACAAUGGAAACCCUGCCAAAUCUACUAUCAAGCCGCCACAGAAUGGUUUGAUACCAAAUCCAAAUCGCCCUUCGAAUCCGUUUACGCCAACGGAGGAGCCAGAUUGGGUUACGGUUCCUCGAAUAGGGUCUCGGAACAACGCCAAUACAAAAUUCGACCCUCCACCUGUCAAUCCUAGACCGACCACGAAUGGCACACGAAAAUUACCCCCUCCAUUCGACCCAACAGGCUCAUCUAGUGGGACACUGGCGAAGAAUUUUUCUCAAACAUCUCUAAAAGAUGCACCUCCGACAUCAAGACUCGCUUCGCAGCAAUCGUCCGAUCGACGACUUUCUAGCUCCACAACCAGUUCUACGUCAAAGAAGAUUCCACCACCUAUAGGCCGCAAACCGGUCCAUCUUACCUCAUCCCCGUCUAGUACCUCAUCACCAAUGCUUUCCGCAGUCAACGGAUUUGCGACCAUUGCACGCGCAGAAACACCUCCUGUACAACCACCUCGACCGACUACAGUUGAUACCAAAUUUCCACCGCCCCCUCGACGCGCGACGGGACCAGGCAAUGCUCUAGGUGCCAGUUACGGUAAAAGAGACAUUGAGGAUAGAAGAGAAGUAGGCCACCCGCCACCUCCGCAGCCCAGGAGACCAGGAGUCGCAAGCAAAGCCGUCAAUGGCUCAGAAGGGCCCUACAAUGACGGCGGCGGCCCAAGACCAAACCUGCCACCUCGUAGGCAGACGGAUGAUCUAUUAGCCGAUGACGGCGAAGAGUUGGGUCUAAGUAGCUGGAAAGUCUUAAAGCCAACUUGA